GUCUGGUUGCUUGCCAAAAUGUUCGUCAUUGCCAUUGCGUUUGCCUGCGCUGCGCAGGAACGUAGAGCUCGCUGCCCUUGAGCUGCGUGUCGCCUCAUACCACCAUGACCACUCUGCAGCCUCGCGCGCCGUACAGCGAAGCAGACCUCGCAAAGCUGUACCCGGCCAAUCUGCAGCUGCAACAAGUCCAGAUUCUCCUCCGCCAUGGUGAACGCACACCCGUCUCAGCUCGCUUCCAGAACGCAGGUCUGCAUGCAACUUGGCCAUACUGUCGCACCGCCAACCAAUUGGCGACAACUAUUCUGGCCGCCGAUGGCUCGUGGGAUACUCUGCAAUGGAAGCAAAGAUUGGAGACGUUUGGCUCGGCGGACACGCCCAAGCUAGCGGCAGGUCCAAAGGGAGAGAUCGAUGCGGUGUGUCAACUGGGACAGCUCACAGACAGAGGCAGAGAGACGACACUCGCACUGGGUCAGCGGAUACGAACGCUCUAUGUGAAUCAACUCGGCUUCCUGCCGAGCUUCUUGGACGAACAGAACAAGUCAAAGAUCAGUCUGCGAGCGACGCCGAUACCAAGAGCAUUGGAAAGCGUGCAACAGGCUUUCGUUGGCCUCUAUCCUCCAGCCUCUCGCUCUCCUGGUCUGCUUCCUCUGCCCAUCGUGCGACGAGCAAUCCAGGAUGAGACUCUCUUCCCCAACGAAAGCGGGUGCAAGCGGUUUGCAGAACUCGCACACCAGUUUGCAGACCGUGCAGCCAAGCUGUGGAAUGAUACAGAAGAGAUGGAUUAUACCAACAAGAAGAUCGGGAAAUGGAUGCCCGAAGAGAGCCCCAAAGUGCAAGUGGAUUCCCAUCCUCGUCUUUCAGGUGUCAUGGACUCCAUCAAUGCCACUUUGGCGCAUGGUCCAAACACGAGGCUGCCUGCUGAGUUUUAUGACGACAAAGUGCGCUCUCACGUCGAUCGAAUUUGCGUGGAAGAAUGGUUUGCCGGGUACCAGGAGAGUACAGAGUACAGGAAGCUAGGCAUUGGCGGCCUUAUCGGAGAUCUCACCCAACGCAUGGUCGAACACACUAUAGGCACACCUAAGGAGGGUCAGGACGAGCCGCUCAACUUCAGCAUGGCAGGCUGCCACGAUACCACCAUUGCCUCUGCUCUAGCUGCCCUUGGGGGCUUCGACCACCGGAACGAUAAGUGGCCCAACUUCACAUCAAAUAUCGCGUUUGAGUUGUUCAAGUCCAGAGAUGCUCCUGCGACCCCUACAGGGCGAAGUAGCUCAUCCUGGCUAUCGUCACUCUUCUCAUCGAAGUCCUCAGAGUCUGCCACGCGAGAACCGUUGCAAACGAUGCCUCAAGCGACCAAACAGAAGCUCGAGGGCCAUUAUGUUCGUCUACGCUACAACGAUAAGCCCAUUGCUCUUCCAUUCUGCAAAGCGCCAGGGAGACAUUUGGAGGGAGAUGAGACGUUUUGCACUCUGACUGCGUUCAAAGAAGCAGCAGAUCUUGUCACGCCGAAGGAUUGGAAGACCGAAUGCAAGAGCAACCUUGGUACUACCGCUUUCCCGUCACAAAUCGAGCCGCCGCCAGGAGUGUCGUCACAACAGAAUCUAUGAGGAUCUCGUCGACAGAUGAUGUAGCAGUAUGUGCUGAAGCAUAGCAGAGCAAAAACAGACGCAUGAAUAGAGGAUAAAGGCAGCAUAAACAGCAUAAACAGCAUAGAUGAAGAGUAGAAAGUCCGGCAGUGUUCCCCUACGGCCGACUUCUGAGACGCCGGAACUUGCAAGCUGCCUUCAAUCACCAGAUAGUCUUCCAGAGAAGGCAUGCAACGGAUGUCCUGGUCACUCAUUCGCCGUGUCAAUUUCGCCAUUCAAUGGAUCAAUGUCUCUCUGCGACAUUGUUCAUAUUCGGGGUUAGGCAUUGCCUAAUUCAACACAUCCCUACA